AUGAAGUUUGGGAAGAGCAUCUGUAUCCUUAAUGUGGGUGGCACAAAAUAUGCGUUCUCUAAGGAUGUGAUAAAAGAUUUCCCUCUGAGUAGAGUGAGCCGUUUGCACAAAUGCGCCUCGGAGAAAGAGGUACUGGAAGUGUGCGACGACUAUGAUCGGGAACGGAACGAGUUUUUCUUUGAUAGGCACUCCGAGGCUUUUUGUUUCAUCAUGCUGUACGUGAAGUACGGGAAGCUACGUUUUGUACCGCAGAUGUGCGAGCUGUCAUUCUAUAACGAGAUGAUUUACUGGGGGCUGGAGAGCUCACACUUGGAGUUUUGCUGCCAGCGGAGACUGGAUGAUAGGAUGUCCGACUCAUACAUUCAUUUCUCCGAAGAGGAAGCCAAACUCGAGGAAGAAAUGAGGGGCGAGAAUUUGGUGACUCGCGUGGUCACAGAGAGAGAGGACUCAAAGUGGCUGGAGAGAAUGAGAAUAACUUUUGAUGAGCCGACUUCAUCCGUCGCAGCACAAAUAUUGGCCUCAGUGUCCGUUAUAUUUGUUAUAGUGUCCAUGGUGAUGCUUUGCGCGAGUACUUUGCCAGAUUGGAAAACCGUUGAGAACAACAGCGUGGAGGAGCACAGGUACAAUCCAGACUCUUUAGACCAUCCAUCCGGGUAUAUAUGUCCUAUCUUUUUAUAUUUUUCCAGAUUUCCCAGUUAUUUGAUUGUCUGCAAUGUGGUACAUGCUUCUAUGCUCUACUUCUCAGUAAAGGACCGCAAGAGAUCCACAACGUGUUAUUUCAGCUGCUGUGAAUAGCCUACACAUACCCAUGCACAUUUUACCCUACACUUCUGCAGGGCCGGCUCCAGGCAUAAGCAACAUAAGCGGUCGCUUAGGGCCCCUCCCAAAAAAACUAAACUUACUGUUGAGAGUUAGAAUAGUAGAAUACACAAGGUGUAAGUUCGAAAUUUGGUUAUAAAUCAGCAGUUUUUUUAUUGUUUUGUCAGUCACUGACAGUCACUCAAUUAGCCACGUCAGCUAACAAUUGUUAGAUUGGUAAAUUAGUCUAGCCAGUUAUCUAAACUUGUAGUAAUCAUUGCUGAAUACAGACCGGGCAUGCAGUGGCCCUGACCUCCAGGGGGCCCUCAUUGAUUUUGUUAAUCAUUCUCACUUAGAUAUCAUUGAUAUGGCAUAAGUCAUGGCAAAAUGUGUAGAAUUGCAGGAAAUUAGCUUUAAAACUGAAAAAAUAUAUAUCCACAUCAUGGCAAAAUGGGUAGAAUUGCAGGUAAUUAGCUUUAAAACUGCAAAAGAUUAUCUCUGCCCCAUAGCAAAAUUAGUCGAAUUUUAUGGAAUUUGUUGUGAAAUUGAAAACAUUUCUCUCCACCCCAUGGCAAUAUGUGUAGAACUACAGAAAACGUGCUUUAAAACUGCAACCUUUUCUCUACGACCCAUGGCAAAAUGUGUAGAUUUGCAGGAAAUUUACUUUAGAACGUAUAUAUUUCUCUCCACCAUCAAGAGGGGGGCCACUAAGGGGGACCCCACAACCAAAUCUUGUUUAGGGCCCCCAAAAGGCUAGAGCCAGCCUUGCACAUCUGUAUCUUUUAGAACUCAUGCUAAUUUAGAAGUAUAUAUUGUUGUAUUCUGCAUAUGAUACAACCUCUAAAUCUCAAGUGUGUAUUAGGCCUACUACAGUAGUCCUGACCACAGCUGUCCUGGUGGGGAAGGGGGCAGAGGAGGAGCUGAAUGUUUAUCAAAGUUAAAUGUCAAGGGAGCUUCUGGUCGGAUCUUACAAAGUGAACAACACAUUUCAUGUGGCAAAGUCUCCAUUUUGUAUGUCGGUCAAUUGUCAUUAUAAUAUGACAUAUUACACACUUUCAGCUUAAAGGUGUUCGAACUAAAUGUUCAUUGCCAUAAGCACCACUGUCCCUUGAACUAUUGUCGUUUCUGUCUCUGAGUUCUCAAUUGUUAUGCAUUUUAUCUUUCAGGACUAAAACGUCAUAGUCUUUAACGCAAGAGAGGCUGAAGAACUUCACAAGUAGGAGCGUUGCCUCUCUUGUAACAGACAAGACUUACUGUCUUUGCUCCCUUUUUGGAUAAGUGUGUACAGUCGUGGUCAAAAGUUUUGAGAAUGACACAAAUAUGAAUUUUCACAAAGUCUGCUGCCUCAGUUUUUAUGAUGGCAAUUUGCAUAUACUCCAGAAUGUUAUGAAUAGUGAUCAGAUGAAUUGCAAUUAAUUGCAAAGUCCCUCUUUGCCAUGAAAGUGAACUUAACCCCCAAAAAACAUUUCCACUGCAUUUCAGCCCUGCUACAAAAGGACCAGCUGACAUCAUGUCAGUGAUUCUCUCGUUAACACAGGUGAGAGUGUUGACGAGGACAAGGCUGGAGUUCACUCUGUCAUGCUGAUUGAGUAAGAAUAACAGACUGGAAGCUUUAAAAGGAGGGUGGUGCUUGAGAUCAUUGUUCUUCCUCUGUUAACCAUGGUUACCUGCAAGGAAACACGUGCCGUCAUCAUUGCUUUGCACAAAAAGGGCUUCACAGGCAAGGAUAUUGCUGCUAGUAAGAUUGCACCUAAAUCAUCCAUUUAUCGAAUCAUCAAGAAUUUCAAGGAGAGAGGUUCAAUUGUUGUGAAGAAGGCUUCAGGGCGCCCAAGAAAGUCCAGCAAGUGCCAGGACUGUCUCCUAAAGUUGAUUCAGCUGCGGGAUCGGGGCACCACCAGUGCAGAGCCUGCUCAGGAAUGGCAGCAGGCAGGUGUGCGUGCAGAUGCACGCACAGUGAGGCGAAGACUUUUGGAGGAUGGCCUGGUGUCAAGAAGGGCAGCAAGGAAGCCUAUUCUCUCCAGGAAAAACAUCUGCAAAAGGUACAGGGAUUGGACUGCUGAGGACUGGAGUAAAGUCAUCCAAUAACAGUUUGGUGACAAACAAUGCCUUUUCCAGCAUGAUGGAGCACCUUGCCAUAAGGCAAAAGUGAUAACUAAGUGUCUCGGGGAACAAAACAUUGACAUUUUGGGUCCAUGGCCAGGAAACUCCCCAGACCUUAAUCCCAUUGAGAACUUGUGGUCAAUCCUCAAGAGGCGGGUGGACAAACAAGAACCCACAAAUUCUGACAAACUCCAAGCAUUGAUUAUGCAAGAAUGGGCUGCCAUCAGUCAUGAUGUGGCCCAGAAGUUAAUUGAAAGCAUGCCAGGGCGGAUUGCAGAGGUCUUGAAAAAGAAGGGUCAACACUGCAAAUUUUGACUCUUUGCAUAAACUUAAUGUAAUUGUCAAUAAAAGCCUUUGACACUUAUGGAAUGCUUGUAAUUAUACUUCAGUAUACCAUAGUAACAUCUGACAAAAAUAUCUAAAAACACUGAAGCAGCAAACUUUGUGAAGACCAAUACUUGUGUCAUUCUCAAAACUUUUGACCACAACUGUAUGUAUCGCUAACUGUCCAAGGUGCUGAUUUUAGUGGCAUCCGACAGUACCUGUCCAAGGUGCUGAUUGUUUGUGGUAGCCUACUACAAUAUUCAGGACCUGUCCAUGGUGCUGAUUCCUGGCAGAAUAGGCCUACUAUUGUCAUAUGAGACCAUCGAGGAGACAGAUGAUAAUAACGAUGUAUUGCUUUUUCUUGGUGUAAUACACUGUCAGGCUCAUGUCAACUUUUUUUUUUAAAGACUUUUGAUGUUUUGCAGGAGAUUAGAACAUACAUCAAUCAAAUGUAGCCAUUUAUCAAUACAUAUAACUGUCAGCCAAUACUUCUGUCCAUUUGUCUACAGAGCUGUUUGUCAUCCCUUUCUUGUCUGCUCUCACUCUGCUCUUUAACCUGUGUGUCUGUCUUGUAUCCAUGACUGCCACGCGGACCGCUCUCAAGGUAUUGGUAGCUGAAAGGCACCCAACAGAAUCAGUGUGUGUGUGUGUGUGUGUGUGUGCGUGCGUACAAUUGUCGGUAAUGCAGGUAGGUAUUGUUCUAAGUAAAUCGUGGGAGGUUAUAGUUGUACCUGAUUUACUUCCCUUUUUAAAUGGGCAAAUGUUGUAUUAAAGUGAGCAUUACAUCACAAAGGCCAGUUGUCAUAAGGUAAUACAGUAAAGGGGACUUCCAUUCUACUGCAACAACUUUGGAUGUACUGAGCACUUGCACCAAGCCCUCACCUGAAUGCAAAUGACAAAAGUUUAUAUUUGGUCAAAAUGUAAUAAUUGUCUGCAUAUAAUUGACCCAAGGCAAGAAUGCUUUAUGUAUAGCAGGUUGGGAAAACAUUUAUAAUUGAUGAUAUCGACAGUGACCCCUCAACAUCACCACAAAAUAAUUAUGUGAGAUUAUUCAGUGUAUAAUUUAUAGUUGGAAAAUAUGAAUAACAAAUGUAUCAAUAUUGCAUUAAUUGAGUUAGGUAAUCAUAUAUGAGAUGUUAUAAUGUAUGAGAUGUCCGAAUUCAUUUAUAUCAGCAUUUGAGAAUAGCAUAUUUUGAUGGACUACACUAAAACUGGCUUUUGAAUGGCUCACUGGAAUCCCUGGUUACAGCCCUACCUCUACUCGGAACCUUUGUGUCAGCCUGUCCUCCCACUCUCUAAACUUAAUAGGCAUGCUCAGGGCUCAGUCUCAACCAGGUCUAACUUGCCUUUAAUUCAUGGUUGAAUUGAGGGAAAAGAAGCCUCCAAAAACCCUGAUCAGUAUGCCUCUACCAUCCUCUUGCCCUGGAGGAUACCCAUGGAGCGGCAAUACAUCUGUCCUUAUUCCUUAUAGUCCCCUCAAAGCCCUCAAGGUCUAGGAAUGGUCUCCAAAUCAAAUGAAAAUCGAAGAUGUGCAUGCCAGUUUUAUUUGUCAUUUAUUGCUGUUACAGUGCCUUCAGAAAGUAUUCAAACCCCUUGACUUUUUCCACAUUUUGUUGUGUUACAGCCUGAAUUUAAAAUAAAUUACAUUGACAUUUUGUGUCACUGGCCUACACACAAUACCCCAUAAUGUCAAAGUGAAAUUAUGUUUUUAAACAUUUUUACAAAUUACUUAAAAAUGAUAAGCUGAAAUGUCUUGAGUCAAUAAGUAUUCAACCCCUUUGUUAUGGCAAGCCAAAAUAAGUUCAGGAGUAAAACUGUGCUUAACAAGUCAGUCGCAUGGACUCACUGUGCAAUAAUAGUGUUUAACAUGAUUUUUGAAUGACUACCUCAUCACUGUCCCCCACACAUACAAUUAUCUGUAAGGUCCCUCAGUCGAGCAGUGAAUUUCAAACACAGAUUAAACCACAAAGACUAGGGAGGUUUUCCAAUGCCUCGCAAAGAAGGGCACCUAUUGGUAGAUUGCAACAAAAAAAAAAAGCAGACAUUGAAUAUCCCUUAGAGCAUGGUGAAGUUAUUAAAUCAUUGCUUGUAGAAAAAACUAUAAUACCGUAAAUUACAACCUGACCUUAAAAGGCAGAAUAUCUUCUGCAUGUUCUGGAAUAAAAACAUGCAGGUGGUCAGGUUGGUAAAUUACAACAGGAUUACAUUGUGAAAUGUCUAUAUUGCAUCAAAAUGUAAGAGUGUCCAUAAGUCAUAAGGCUCCAAGACUAUAGCCUACCAGCUGUUUGAGAGUGAAGCUUUAUGAGUUAUCAAUGUGGUGAGACUGAAGCCUGCUAUGAGUCGCUGGUCAAUCAAGACCCACUAUCGAUACAGUAAAACAGUAUUGUAUAAGGGAUUGACAGCUCCCUUCUUCAAUAGAACUUUACUCUCCCACUGCUCCUACAUUCUAAGAAAAAAGGGUUCAUAAAGGGUUUUCUGUCUGUCUUUGUAGGAUAACAAUUUUUUGGUUCCAAAACCUUUUCACCCAACGAAUAGGCCCUAACCCUCAAUAUACCCUUUAAGGAGCCCUUCAGUGAAAAUGUUCUAACUUGAACCAAAAUGGGUUCUACCUUGAACCAAAAAGGUUUCUGCUACAGCGAUAGCCGUAGCAACUUUUUUCUUUAAGAGUGUAAUGUCUGCAGUCCAUUGCUUGUAGAUAUAGUGUGUAGACCUGUAGUGGAAUCCCCUUCUCUCCUUCUUGCGUUAACUCUGCCUGGUUCUCCCUCCCACAGGAUCAUCGAGGCUGUGUGUAUCAGCUGGUUCACCGCUGAGUGCAUCGUGCGCUUCAUCGUGUCGCGGGACAAGUGUGAGUUUGUCAAACGGCCCCUCAACGUCAUCGAUCUACUAGCCAUCACGCCCUACUACAUCUCUGUCUCCAUGACGAUGCUGACAGGUGAGAACUCCCAGCUGCAGCGGGUGGGCGUCACCCUGCGUGUCCUGCGCAUGAUGCGUAUCUUCUGGGUGAUCAAGCUGGCCCGUCACUUCUUGGGUCUGCAGACUCUAGGGCUGACACUGAGGCGCUGCUACCGGGAGAUGGUGAUGCUGCUGCUGUUCAUCUGCGUGCCCAUGGCUAUCUUCAGCGCUCUUGCCCAGCUGCUGGAGCAUGGCCUGGACUUGGAGUCGCCCAACGAGGACUACGCCAGCAUCCCCGCCGCCUGUUGGUGGGUUAUUAUCUCCAUGACCACUGUGGGCUAUGGAGACAUGUACCCCAUCACCGUGCCUGGGCGAGUGCUGGGUGGUCUGUGCGUGGUAAGUGGCAUCGUGCUCCUGGCGCUGCCCAUCACCUUCAUCUACCACAGCUUCGUGCAGUGCUACCAUGAGCUCAAGUUCCGCUCGGCCCGCUGCACACGGAGCCUGUCCGCAGAGUUUCUCAACUGA